AUGUAUAGACUACUUAGUAGGCGCUCAAAUAUUGUUGGCAGCCUUCGGCCAACUUCGUUUUCCAGAGGGUUUGCUGGAUGUUAUCGUCUCAAUGCUCCAGCAAAUAGGACGCCGUCAUUUAGUAAUGAUCACCAGCCAGAGUUUUCCCAAGCUAAUGAGAAAACCACGAAUAGCAGUGAGGAGGAAAUGGAUAGAUUUCGUAAAAUAGAGGUUAUCAAGGGUAUUUUCCAGGGAACCGGGUUUCUUAUGUUGAUAUUUGGGGGAUUCAUCCUUUACAAUGACUUUGGAUACUAUAAAACCAAAUUCAAAAAUUUCAUCAAUGGCAACGAUAUUGAAGAGAAAAAAGGUGAACCAGUGAAAGCAGCAAAACCAGCGGAGUAUGUGAAAUUCAAACAACUAAAAGAUUCAGAUGCAACACCAGGGGUUUAUCUCUGGGGGUCCAAUGCUGAUGGGGUGGUUAAUCCCAAUGAUUUGAAGACAAAGUCUUAUAAAUUUCCAACAAGACUACCAUUUUUCGAUGGGAUCUUGAUCAAAGACUUGAAAACUAAUAUCAGUAUUGAAGAGACAAAAGAUUAUUUGAAUAUUUACUUGGAUAAUGGAGAAAUCAACAAAGAUGCCGUCGCACAGACAUAUUCUUCGGCAUUUGCCAUUGAUUGCAAUGGCGACUUGAUACAGUGGGGUAAAGGUUUCAAUAGCAAGGAACCAACUCCAAAAUAUACCCUCAAAGGCUUUAAUUUGGUGAAAGGAGAAUUCAGUAAUAACAUGAUUUAUUUGAUGAAUAAUAAGAACGAAAUUCUUUAUAUUCCUAUCAACGAGCGUGCUCAAAAGAAGAUUAAAUCAAAUAAACAAUAUACCAAAUCAAGCUAUCUUGGAUGGGGAGGAUCUGACAGGCAAAAUAUUUUCAUUGAAAAACUUGAUACUUCCAUUUUAGGCAAACAAAAGGUUUAUGAUUUUAAAACUGGUGUGAAUCAUUUGAUAUUAUUGACCAACUAUCAUAAGGCUUAUGUUUGUGCUACUGGAUUGAAAGAUAAAUUCAUUAACAAAAAGAAUUACGGUCAGUUUGGUUUAAUUGAAUAUUCUCAAUUUGAAGCUGCACCAUCCCCAAAUGAAUUACACGAAAUAUUUCUUUUGAAUAAUGAAAUUGUCUCCAAAAAAGAUCCUAAUACCGUUCCAAAAAGAGAAAAUAAAAAGCAUUCUAAGUUUAUUCCAAGGGAAAUAGUGCAGAUUGCAGUUGGGAAUUAUCAUACCUUAGCUAGGGAUUCUAUCGGUAACGUUUAUUCCUUUGGUAAGAACACUUUUGGCCAGCUAGGUUUCAAAGUUUCUUAUAAUUCGGAAAAUAUUCCAAUCCCUAAAAAGAUUGAUUUCUUCAGCCAGUAUUUCAACAGAUUGAACAUGUAUCCAAUAAUCACUGAUAUUCAAUGUGACAGUAAUAGCAGUUUUGUCACAAUAAACACCAAGAAUAUUCAAGAGAUGUUACAGAGAAACUACUCCGAUGAUGACAAUAUUGACGCAGAAACAUUUUAUUUCGCCUUUGGUAAAGGUCUUUACGGUCAGUUAGGUUUGGAUUUUUACACCCAUGCUAAUGCCAUUCCAAAGAAGAUGUCAUCCUCAUUGCACGAUAUGAACGAAUACGACGAGGAGACACAGAAAAUGAAAAGAAUCACCAUUUCUGAUUGGACUAUCGGGAAAAAUCACACCUUUGUUACUCUCCUGAACCGUGACGUUUUGUGUUUUGGUAAUAAUAAAUUUGGCCAGCUCGGAAAUGGGAAGUUUAUUAACAGCCCAGCCCCAGCUAAUACAUUGAAUAUCAUUGAAUCUAAAGACGGGUUGAAGAGCAAUUCAGCGAUCAAAAAAUCGGGACUACAAAUAGAUAAUGACGAUGAGGAAAUUAUAAAUGUCACCAGGUUUCUACAAAAAGUGAAUAACAGAUUACAAUUGGUCGAUGAUAAACAAUUCAAUUUUAAAGAUUCUCGAGGCAAAAAUGUAUCCAAGAAAUUGAAGCAAGUUAUUAUUGCAGGUAACGAAAAUAGUGCCAUAUAUUAUUCUGAGAAAUAA